CGUCAUGAGAACCUCUCCAUUUUCUUCUCGGGAGGAAUUCUGUUCAGCAGUAGCACCAUUUUGGAGAGACGAUACCCCUGUCUCUGCUGCUGAAGACAUUCAUUUUUUUCCUGAAAAAUAGCAAUUACAAUAGAAUUUUAAUUUAACCAGUGCUUUAUCAAGAAGUAAGCUUUGUAUACAACACGUUUUUCCUGAAAAGAAGAAGAAACGGACAGCCGACACCGUGCUAAGAAGCGCUAGCUCUGAAGGCUAAUCUUGGCUGCGAGGCGUUUCUGACCGACACAACAGUUACUGAGCCGGCAAACGAAGUCUGUCAAAAUGAGUGCAGCCUCCUCCCAAAAAGUUGUCCUGAAAAGCACCACCAAGGUGUCCCUGAAUGAGCGCUUCACUAACAUGCUGAAGAACAAGCAACCCACCGCGGUAAGCAUUCGAGCCACCAUGCAGCAGCAGCACCUGGCCAGUGCCCGUAACCGUCGGCUGGCCCAGCAGAUGGAGAACCGGCCGUCAGUGCAGGCCGCUCUGAACCACAAGCAGAGCUUGAAGCAGCGGCUGGGGAAAAGCAAUAUCCAGGCGAGGCUGGGCCGACCAAUCGGAGCCCUGAUGAGAGGAGGAGCGCCAGGAGGACGAGGAGGAAUGAGAGGGAUGCCAAGAGGAGGCCUCCGAGGACGAGCGAGAGGAGGAGCCAUGAGAGGAGCUCUAUCUCUGAGAGGAAAGCGUAUGAACAUGGGGGGUCCAAUGCGAGGCCGUGGCUCUGCUGGUCGUCUACAGAUGCGUAGAGGAGGUCGCAACCGUGGAGGCCCGGCAGGCAGAGGAGGAGCUCUGUCGAGAGGGGGGGCACGAGGAGGAGUUGCUAGAGGUCGUGGCGGGCUGCGUGGUCGUGGUGGCUUUGCUGGUCGAGGUGGUCGCGGCCGUGGACGAGGCCGAGGUCUUAACCGACCUACUGUUACCCGUGAACAACUGGACAACCAGCUGGAUGCCUACAUGUCAAAGACCAAAGGUCACCUGGAUGCCGAGCUAGACGCCUACAUGGCUCAGGCGGACCCUGACAGCAUGGAGUGACAUAGAAGCGCACAAAUAAAACUGCACAACUGAACUCAAAACACACAAAAGGAAGUGUGAAAUACACAAGAAGAGAUGUUCUGAGACGUGAUUGUGUUCAUAUUUUAGACGGCAGAGAAGAAAACCCAGCAGGGAGUUGAGAUUAAGAUCGACCAUGACUGUCUGCAUCAACCUGCUCCUGAAAAGUCUUUUAAACCUUCGUUAACGGAUGUUUUAAUCAAAUAUAACCCUGCCGUCUCUAAAAACAUCCUCUUUUUGUUCUAUUCUUUUGUACUCGAGUUGUAAAACUUUAAACAGAAAUCUGCAAUGGCUUAUAAAUGACCCAGAAGAUGUUCUGUUCACUGAAUUUGAAUUAAUUUUAAUUUUUUUAUUUUUAAUAGAUCUUAGCGUUUGUGGAGUCAUUUGUUGGUUUAUCUUGAAAACAUUUACAAUGGAAUUUUUCUAAAUUCAUGUUAAGAAAAGAAUGUAGGAAAAGCCAGGAACCCAUGUCUUUUUUGUAUUUAAAAAAAUGUACUCUGUUCUUUUCCCCUAUAUCUCCAUCCUGUCAGUGCUCUCUGGUGGAGUGCUGCCGCUCUUACCUUGUACCCAAGAGCGUUUGUAUAAAAUUACCUGAAGCAAGUGGAAUAGGUUUUAAUUAAAAUGGAAACAAGGA